GCUGCAGGACGGGCCGUGCUGGAGGGCAGGGACUGAUGGUGCUACUCUGAGCGCCCGGCGCCGCUCUGUGUGCACGGAGAGUCUCAUGUCCGACCUGUAGACAUGACGAGCUCUGUGCGGAAGGCGGCCUGGCUGCUCCUCACGCUGCUGCACCCCGCGCUGGUCCUGGCUCAGCAGCUCCCGGAAGUUAUUGAUGGAGGAUGCUCCCAUCUCGGCCAGUCCUACGCGGACAGAGAUGUCUGGAAGCCAGAGCCAUGCCAGAUAUGCGUGUGCGACUCAGGAUCUGUUCUCUGCGAUGACAUAAUCUGUGAUGACCAGGAAUUGGACUGUCCCAACCCGGAGAUCCCGUUCGGAGAGUGCUGCGCGGUGUGCCCUCAGCCUCCGACCUCUCCUACACGCCCUCCGAAUGGCCAUGGACCUCAAGGCCCGAAGGGAGAUCCCGGCCCUCCGGGUAUUCCUGGGAGAAAUGGCGAUCCUGGGCUUCCCGGGCAGCCAGGCAUCCCCGGUUCUCCCGGCGCCCCCGGAAUCUGUGAAUCAUGCCCCACUGGUGGCCAGAACUACUCUCCCCAGUUCGAGUCCUACGAUGUCAAGUCCGGAGUAGGAGGAGCGGGUCUCGCAGGCUAUCCCGGGCCAGCUGGCCCCCCAGGUCCCCCCGGCCCUCCUGGUGUAUCUGGUCAUCCCGGCUCCCCUGGUUCUCCGGGAUACCAAGGUCCCCCUGGUGAGCCUGGGCAAGCUGGUCCUUCGGGCCCUCCAGGACCUCCUGGUGCUAUUGGUCCAGCUGGUCCCGCUGGAAAAGAUGGAGAAUCUGGAAGACCCGGACGAACCGGAGAGCGAGGACUGCCUGGCCCCCCGGGUAUGAAAGGCCCCGCUGGCAUGCCUGGAUUCCCUGGUAUGAAAGGACACAGAGGCUUCGAUGGACGGAAUGGAGAAAAGGGUGAUACGGGUGCUCCCGGGUUAAAGGGUGAAAACGGCCUUCCCGGUGAGAACGGAGCCCCUGGCCCCAUGGGUCCCCGAGGGUCUCCUGGCGAGCGAGGCCGGCCGGGACUCCCUGGAGCUGCUGGGGCUCGAGGCAACGAUGGUGCUCGAGGAAGCGACGGACAACCAGGCCCGCCCGGUCCCCCCGGAACGGCAGGAUUCCCCGGCUCCCCUGGUGCUAAGGGCGAAGUUGGACCCGCAGGCUCUCCUGGCUCCAACGGCUCCCCGGGACAGAGAGGAGAACCCGGACCUCAGGGACAUGCCGGUGCUCCCGGCCCUCCGGGCCCUGCUGGGAGCAAUGGGAGUCCCGGCGGCAAAGGUGAAAUGGGUCCCGCUGGCAUCCCCGGGGCUCCUGGCCUGUCCGGAGCCCGGGGUCCUCCAGGCCCGCCCGGGACCAAUGGUGCUCCCGGCCAGCGAGGUGCUGCCGGCGAACCCGGUAAGAACGGUAACAAGGGAGACCCUGGACCACGCGGGGAGCGCGGGGAAGCUGGUGCCCCCGGGAUCCCAGGCACGAAGGGUGAAGACGGCAAGGAUGGCUCGCCUGGAGAGCCCGGCUCCAACGGACUCCCGGGAGCCGCGGGCGAGAGGGGCGCGCCCGGAUUCCGAGGACCUGCCGGACCCAAUGGCCUUCCCGGAGAAAAGGGUCCCGCUGGGGAGCGCGGCGGUCCGGGCCCCGCAGGGCCCCGAGGAGCCCCCGGAGAAGCUGGCCGAGACGGUGCGCCCGGAGGUCCAGGAAUGAGGGGGGUGCCCGGGAGCCCAGGAGGACCAGGCAGCGACGGGAAGCCGGGGCCUCCGGGACCUCAAGGAGAGAGCGGCCGCCCAGGUUCCCAAGGCCCCCCCGGCCCGCGGGGUCAGCCUGGCGUCAUGGGGUUCCCUGGUCCCAAAGGAAACGAUGGUGCUCCUGGCAAAAACGGAGAGCGAGGUGGCCCUGGAGGUCCUGGCCCCCCGGGUCCUGCUGGAAAGAAUGGUGAAGCUGGAUCUCCGGGCCCCCCUGGACCGCAGGGGCCAGGUGGUGACAAAGGAGAUGCAGGACCCCCUGGCCCUCAAGGAUUGCAGGGCAUCCCCGGGACCGGCGGGCCCCCCGGGGAGAACGGGAAGCCUGGUGAGCCGGGCCCGAAGGGCGAGGCCGGGGCGCCUGGAGCGCCGGGAGGCAAGGGAGAUUCUGGUGCCCCUGGUGAGCGUGGGCCUCCCGGAGCGGCAGGUCCCAUGGGACCAAGAGGUGGAGCAGGGCCCCCUGGUCCCGAUGGAGGCAAGGGCCCCGCUGGUCCCCCUGGACCACCCGGGACUGCUGGUACCCCUGGACUGCAAGGGAUGCCUGGAGAAAGAGGGGGCCCUGGAGGCGCCGGCCCGAAGGGUGACAAGGGCGAACCGGGCACCGCCGGUGCUGACGGGGCUCCUGGAAAAGAUGGUCCCCGGGGUCCUACCGGCCCCAUCGGCCCCCCUGGCCCCGCUGGUCAGCCUGGAGACAAGGGCGAAGGCGGUGCCCCCGGGCCUCCGGGCAUAGCUGGUCCUCGCGGAAGCCCUGGUGAGAGAGGCGAAGGCGGACCCCCCGGCCCCGCCGGCUUCCCUGGCGCCCCCGGACAGAACGGCGAGCCUGGCGGUAAAGGAGAGAGAGGCCCUCCUGGCGAGAGAGGCGAGAGCGGGCCCCCUGGGGUCGCAGGCCCCGCCGGGGGCGCUGGGCCCGCGGGUCCCCCUGGUCCCGCGGGUGUCAAAGGUGAACGCGGCAGUCCUGGCGGCCCGGGCGCAGCUGGCUUCCCCGGCGGCCGCGGUCUCCCCGGCCCUCCUGGCAACAACGGUAACCCAGGCCCCCCAGGCGCCAGCGGUGCUCCAGGCAAGGACGGCCCCCCGGGCCCCCCCGGGAACAGUGGCAGCCCCGGCAGCCCCGGGAUUUCCGGCCCUAAAGGUGACGCUGGCCCGCCCGGCGAGAAGGGAUCCCCCGGCUCUCAGGGCCCUCCGGGAGCCCCAGGCCCGCUCGGCAUCGCAGGCAUCACCGGCGCGCGGGGUCUGGCGGGGCCCCCGGGCAUGCCCGGCGCCAGGGGCAGUCCUGGCCCGCAAGGCGUUAAGGGUGAAGCCGGGAAACCUGGACCCAGCGGUCACAAUGGAGAGCGCGGGCCGCCUGGACCCCAAGGCCUGCCUGGCCUGGCGGGGACAGCGGGCGAACCGGGACGCGAUGGAAACCCUGGAUCCGAUGGUCUCCCGGGCCGCGAUGGAACUCCCGGGACCAAGGGAGAUCGUGGUGAAAAUGGCUCUCCUGGCGCCCCUGGCUCCCCUGGACAUCCCGGCCCGCCCGGUCCCGUGGGUCCCGCAGGAAAGAGUGGUGACAGAGGAGAAACUGGCCCUGCUGGCCCUACUGGAGCCCCAGGUCCUGCGGGUGUCCGCGGUCCUGCUGGUCCCCAAGGCCCCCGUGGUGACAAAGGCGAAACAGGUGAGCGUGGUUCCAACGGCAUCAAAGGACAUCGAGGAUUCCCCGGGAACCCCGGUGCCCCCGGCUCUCCAGGCCCUGCCGGUCACCAAGGGGCAGUCGGGAGCCCAGGACCCGCAGGCCCCAGGGGACCUGUUGGACCCAGCGGGCCCCCCGGCAAAGACGGCACCAGUGGACAUCCAGGUCCCAUUGGACCACCAGGGCCUCGAGGGAACAGAGGUGAAAGAGGGUCCGAGGGCUCCCCAGGCCACCCAGGCCAGCCAGGCCCCCCUGGACCCCCCGGCGCGCCCGGCCCCUGCUGUGGUGGGGGCGCAGCUGCCAUCGCCGGCGCUGGAGGGGAAAAGGCUGGUGGGUUUGCCCCCUAUUACGGAGACGAACCCCUGGAUUUCAAAAUCAACACCGAGGAGAUCAUGACUUCCCUCAAGUCAGUCAGCGGGCAGGUGGAAAGCCUCAUCAGCCCCGACGGCUCUCGCAAAAACCCGGCCCGGAACUGCCGAGACCUGAAGUUCUGCCACCCCGAGCUCCAGAGCGGAGAGUAUUGGGUUGACCCUAACCAAGGCUGCAAGAUGGACGCCAUUAAAGUGUUCUGCAACAUGGAGACGGGGGAGACGUGCAUCGGCGCCAGCCCGCACAGCGUGCCCCGCAAGCGCUGGUGGGCAGACCCCGGUGCUGAGAAGAAGCACGUCUGGUUCGGGGAGACCAUGGAUGGCGGCUUCCAGUUCAGCUACGGCAACCCCGAGCUCCCUGAAGACGUCCUGGACGUGCAGCUCGCCUUCCUGCGCCUGCUCUCCAGCCGGGCCUCCCAGAACAUCACGUAUCACUGCAAGAACAGCAUCGCGUACAUGGACCACGCCAGCGGCAACGUGAAGAAAGCCCUGAGGCUGAUGGGGUCCAACGAAGGCGAGUUCAAGGCCGAGGGAAAUAGCAAGUUCACGUACACCGUUCUGGAGGACGGCUGCACGAAACACACUGGGGAGUGGGGCAAAACGGUCUUCGAAUAUCGGACACGCAAGGCGGUGAGACUCCCUAUUGUGGACUUCGCGCCCUAUGACGUUGGUGGUCCCGAUCAAGAAUUCGGCGUGGACAUUGGCCCUGUUUGCUUUCUAUAAGCCAAACUCUAUCUAAAAUCCCAGCCAAAAACCUCACACUCCAUAUGUGUUCCUCUUGUUCUAAUCUUGUCAACCAGUACAAGUGGCCAACCAAAUUCCAGUUAUUUAUUUCCAACAUUUUUGGAAAAAGUAUAAUUUGACCAAGAAGGAUACUUUUUUUUUUUUUUUUUGCUGUUUCACCAAAUACAGUUCAAAUGCCUUUUGUUCUAUUUUUUUAAAAAUUUCAAUUUCAAAAUGUCUCAAUGGUGCUAUAAUAAAUAAACUUCAACACUCAUACAAUCACACUGAGUUACUUCUUUGAAUCCAGCCCAUGAGCAGAGCAAUGACUAUGCUUACCACUCAAGCACAACCUUUCUUCCUGAAAAACUCAGACAAUUUGAAAAGACCUCCCUGUUUCAACUACCUCAGCCUGGUCAGAAACACAGAUGAAUUCUCUAAGUCCCAAAAGAUGAAAAAAAAAAAAUGUAUACAUUGGUAAAACUUAUGAAUUGCAUUGAUUUAUUUUCAAAAGUAUUUGUUUUUUAAAAACGUAGAGUGUAGUGCAAGAAUUUAAAAAAGAUAUUUUAAGAUUCACCAUUAUUUUAAUCUUGGAUAUCAACUGCUUUUAAAGGUGCUUUCCUCCUUCCUUGUCAUUGCUAAAAUGAUCAAGAUGACCAAUAUUUGGGAAGACUUUGAAGACACAUGUUAUGGUGCUAAUGUACUUUCACUUUUAAAACUCUAGGCCAGAACUGUUGCCUUGCAUUCCAAACACUAAAUGCACACCAUCUGUACAUGUCUCCUGUCAAACAAGAUUGAUUGGCAUGUCACUUUAGAGGACUCUAACCCUUCAUCGUGUAAAAGUCAACAACAAACAACAACAACAAAAACACACAAAUCAUGGGGCUGAUUUGCCACAACAACGCAGGGAAUGUGUUGGAAUUUCACUUUGUAAGCUUGUAUGUGGUUGUUGAUCAUUUUUUCUUACAGACACCCAUAAUAAA